ACUAAAGAUGGCGACGGGGGAGAUUCGCCAGGGAAAAUCGGGUGUCGAAGUUAGUAGCAAAACAAGUGUGUUAGGCGUCGGGGUAGCGUCGCGAACCAGAGGCCUCGCUCCGUGGGCACGUUAGCUAGAUCGCUACAGGAGUUCGGACAUUUGUUCAGUAGCGUUAUAUAGCCAUAGUUCCACGCCAAGAUAGCGAACUGGGCUAGCUGUGCAAGCUAGCAGCCUCAUAAUGGGUGGGUCCGCCGGAGGGACUGGUACAGACGGCUCAACCGCUGAUAUGCUGACUGGACAGUAGCUGGUUUGGAGUCAUGUAUUUUCUGAGCGGAUGGCCGCGGAGGCUCCUGUGUCCGCUGAGAAGCGAGGAAGACCCGCGCCACGUUCAGCCUAGCGCGCAGCGGCGCUACUUCGCCGUGCUGGCGGACACGCAGCUCAGCAUCUGGUUCAGCAGGCCCAGUGUUCUGGUAGUAAGCUACAUUGAGUCUCUCAAGGCGGUGUCCCAGUUUGGCUUCUAUCAGCAGGCCAAAUGGAAACCAGACGACUCCAUGAUCGCAGUGGCGGCCUCUAAUGGAUACGUGCUAUUGUUCGACGUGGUUGGCGGAGGUGAGGACCGGUAUCUGUACGAGCCUGUCUAUCCCAGGGGUAGUCCACGGGUAAAGGUGACUCCCGGCUAUAAAGAGGAACAGUGUGCUCCUGCUCUCAGUCUGGAAAUGAAGAAACCAAUUGACCUAGAAGCUCCUAUUACCAGUCUGGAGUCUCUACAGGACAAUCUCCUGGUUUGCACGGCUGAUGGCUACCUGCACAUGCUGCACUGGGAUGGCGUGCGUAAUGGCCGCAGUGCUGUGAACCUCAGUACCGUCCCGUUCUCUCUGGAUCUGCAGUCCUCCCGCGGCGGCGUCUGUCUGGACCUGAGCGGCGUCCACAUCCGAGAUAUGGAAUACUGCGUGACCCUGGAUGGCUUUGCUGUCGUCUUCCACGAUGGUAGACUGGGCUUCAUCUCCCCCACAGCCAGCCGCCUCUCCACGGAGCAGUUGCAGGGCGUCUGGGCUGCAGAUGUGACUGAUGGCACAUGUGUUGCAGUGAACAACAAAUACAGACUGAUGACCUUCGGCUGUGCGAGUGGCUCUGUGUUGGUCUACGUGAUUGACAACACCACAGGAUCAAUGCAGCUGUCACACAAAUUGGAGUUAACCGCCAAACACUACCCAGAUAUCUGGAAUAAGACGGGUCCUGUGAAGCUGAUCCGGUGGUCGCCGGACUACAGCGUUGUCAUGGUUACAUGGGAAUGUGGCGGUCUUUCUCUUUGGAGUGUGUUUGGUGCUCAUCUCAUCUGCACGCUUGGAGAGGACUUUGCGUAUCGUUCAGACGGUACUAAGAAGGAACCUCUGAAGGUCUGCUCUAUGAGCUGGGGGGCAGAAGGCUACCAACUGUGGGUGAUCAGCGGCUCACAGGCGGGACGCAUCGAGGGAGAGGAGGGGUUGCCACGGCUACGGCAGGCUGCCAUCUUGCAGUUUCAGUUCAUUAAGAGUGCCCUUACAGCCAACCCCUGCACGAGUAACCAGGAGCAGGUGUUGCUCCACGGUGAGGACCGCCUGUUGCUGACGUGUGGGGACCCUGCACAGGGCCACAGUCUGACUGAUCAGCACCUGCCGUCUGACACCAAACCCCUGGACCGUCCGAGCCAGCCGGGCCCCAGCCACACACCCCUCUCUCAGGGUCUCAGCACUUUACUGGGCCACAAACACUGGCACGUGGUCCAGAUUCAAAGCACAUAUCUGGAGAGCAACUGGCCUGUACGGUUUGCAGCCAUAGACUCAUCAGGGCAGUUUUUGGCGGUAGCAGGGAGACGUGGUUUUGCACACUACUCCUUACACACCAGAAAAUGGAAACUGUUUGGGAACAUUACACAGGAACAGAGUAUGACUGUGACCGGAGGUCUUGCCUGGUGGAAUGACUUUGUGGUUGUUGCCUGUUAUAAUUUCCUUCACCAGCAGGAGGAGUUGCGGCUGUUCCUCCGGUCCUCUAACCUGGACAUCGCCUUUGCCUGCGUCACUAAGCUGCACACAGGAACUCUGCUGCUCAACGUCUUCAGGAACAUGCUGAUCGUGUUCCACACCGACUGUUCCAUCUGUCUGUACGGCAUCGAGAAACGGGAGGACGGUCCUAAUCCCUCAGCUAGUGUGGAGCUGUUACAGGAAGUUCCCAUGUCUCGGUACAUUCCACAUCCCUCUCUGGUGGUGUCAGUCACUCUGACCUCAGUCCGCACCGAGACGGGCAUCUCGCUCAAAGCUCCGCAGCAGGCUUGUAUGGCAGAGAGCAUCUUGUUGAAUUUGGCUGGUCAGCUCAUUAUGCUACAGAGAGAUCGCUCCGGCCCACAGGUACGAGAGACAGACGCGCCAUCCAAUCAGAAAAAGCUGCUACCCUUCUGCCCCCCCGUGGUGCUGGCCCAGUGCGUGGAGAGCGUGUGGACCACGUGCCGCAGUAACCGUAAGAAGCGCCACCUGGUGGAGGCUCUGUGGCUGUCUUGCGGCGGCGGCGGGAUGAAGGUGUGGCUGCCGCUCUUCCCGCGCGACCACCGCAAGCCGCACUCCUUCCUGGCGCGCCGCAUCAUGCUGUCUUUCCAGCUCAACAUCUACCCGCUUGCUGUGCUCUUCGAGGACGCCCUUGUGCUCGGUGCCGCCAACGAGGCGGCCCUCUAUGACGGCCUCGGCGGCCGCAGCCCCGAGGCAGAGCCACCGGAGGCACAGUUCCCCUUCUGCACGGUGGAGCGCACCUCGCAGAUCUACCUGCACCACCUGCUGCGGCAGCUGCUGGUGCGUAACCUGGGAGACCAGGCGCUACUGCUGGCCCAGUCGUGCGCCCAGCUGCCUUACUUCCCCCACGUGCUGGAGCUGAUGGUGCACGUGGUGCUGGAGGAGGAGGCCACGUCUCGGGAGCCCAUCCCAGACCCGCUGCUGCCCACCGUGGCCAAGUUCGUCACGGAGUUCCCGCUCUUUCUGCGUACCAUCGUGCACUGCGCCCGCAAGACUGAGUUCGCCCUCUGGAACUACCUGUUCGCUGCUGUCGGCAACCCCAAGGAUCUGUUCGAAGAGUGUCUCCUGACGCAGGACCUGGACACAGCGGCCUCUUACCUCAUCAUUCUGCAGAACAUGGAGGUCCCAGCGGUGAGUCGGCAGCAUGCCACCCUGCUCUUCAACACUGCCCUCGAGCAGGGCAAGUGGGACCUCUGCCGUCACAUGAUCCGCUUCCUGAAGGCAAUUGGCUCAGGAGAGAGCGAGACCCCGCCCAUCACGCCUACGACCCAGGAGCCCAGCUCUACAGGGGCCUUCGAGUUUUUCCGGAACCGGAGCAUCAGUCUGUCCCAGUCAGUGGAUGGAGCUUCCAUAGGAAAGUCCAACCUGCAGAAAGCUUUCAGCAUGCCAGCAGGUCCCUCUGCGAAAAGUACGGACUGUAAGAGUCCAGAGAACAUGUACAUUGACAUGCUGCUCUGGAGACAUGCGCGUCGUCUGCUGGAGCAGGAACGUCUGCGGGACCUCGGCUGUUUCUCUGCCCAGCUGGGCUUUGAGCUGAUUGGCUGGCUGUGCCGUGAGCGCUCACGUGUGGCCCGCCUCCGUGAUUUUGUUGCUGCCCUCAAGCGCCUGCACAAGGACUUCCUGUGGCCCUUCCCCGUCACUCCCAACAGCUCCGUGGGCUCGCCGCUCAAAAACGGGCGCUGUCGCGCAGUGUUAAGCACACAUCUUCUGAAAUCUCAGUCUGCUGACAGCUUACUGAACAGUGACAUGGAUGCCCCUCCCCCACCAGUCACCACAACCAAACAUCACUGGCUAGAUGGUCUGGGGGCAGGGCCAAAGGAGAUGGACUCCAUCUCCUCCCAUGGAGUUCCUCAGACACAUGAGGCCUUCCUGUCUCCUCUCAUCAACAAACCGGAGGAGUGCAGUGUGGGCUCGGCCACAGACCUGACUGAGACCAGCUCUAUGGUGGAUGGGGACUGGACAGUGGUGGAUGAGAACUUUUCCACUCUCAAUCUUAGCCAGUCAGAGUUGGAGCACAUCUCCAUGGAGCUGGCCAACAAGGGUCCUCACAAGUCCCAGGUGCAGCUAAGGUAUCUCCUGCACAUGUUCAUGGAGGCGGGCUGUUUGGAGUGGUGUGUGGUGAUUGGUUUGCUUCUGCGGGAGGUGAAUGUCAUUAAGCAGGUGCUGUCUCUGCUGGGCAGUCCGGAGGUGCCACGCGAGACGGUCCGGAGUGUCUAUGCUGGCCUGCUGGCCGUGGACCAGUGGGCCUCCUCCGACUGCCUGGGUUACAAGGCCUUCCUGAACCUCCUGCGUCCCCAGCUGCAGACGUUGUGUCAGACGGCCUCGGAGCAGGUGCAGGCCGAGAACUUCCAGGCCUCCGCUGGCUCCAAGCUGGCUGAGACAGCGGUGGGGGUGACGGCGGCGGUGAUGCCCAGGGCCGAGGAGUCGCGGGGGACCGCACCCCUGGGCCUACCCCCAGACACCCCCAUGGGAGCCAGCAUGGACAGAGGCUGCGCUGAGGAGAAGCCAGAGGAAGAGCCUGACGAGGAGGGCACGUACGACUGCAUCCUCUCCUGACCCAAGGGGCAAUAGAAGGGAAGAUUCAGGCUGUGGAGGAGAGCUGACUGUCCAGGGUCCUCUCAGCACAGUGCAGCAGAGUGUGUGUGUGUGUGUGUGUGUGUGUGUGUGCGUGUGUGCGUGCGUGUGUGCGUGUGUGUGUGUGUGUGAGAGAGACCACUAUAACCAAUGGGGUGUGAGCGUGUGUGCACACACCCUUUCAUUUAUGCACAUCAGUCCAGAUUGCAGUGGGUGUGUGUGUUGUUGUAUUCUCUAAUGGUCCAACACCAUCAGUAUUAUCACACUUAUUUAUCCACAGCCCCACAUGCAGGCGAAGGGGGCUUUGCUUCCCACCAGCUGCAUCUGAGUGUAGUGGAAGUCUGACUCGAACCUUCACCAAAAGAUUCUUACAAGAAUAUUGCAGUGCUGGCAGUAAAGGCAGGUUGUGAUGCAUGCAGGUUGGGGUUAGUUUGUUUGGGUUAGGGUAAGGGUUAGUGUGUUGGGGUUAGGGUUAGUGUG